GUUUACAAGAAUCCCUUUUUAUGGAAGUCAAAUAAACGGCUUCCAGAGAAAAUUACGGAAGGUUUGUAAAAAAAUGACAGGAGCCACAAAACAUGUACUCUUUCAUCAGGACAUUCAAGCUGAAGCUGUUGAUUUAUCUACUGGCUCUGACUGCCCUCGCUGUGUUUCUAAAGUCAGACUUCACUGACUGGCUUCAGCUGCAGCUUCAAAGUCAAAGCUUGUGUGCUUGUGAAAAAUGUUUGUCUGAGGAUAACCUGUUGGCCCUUCAUCGCCUAAGGGGACUUGAGGAACCAUUUUUGUCUGUGAAUACCACCCUCUCUGAGGAUGCUUUCAAUUGGUGGAAGCUCAUACAGGGGGAACAAAGAGACUUCUUUUACUACAGAGCAACAGUACAAAAGCUAUUUGAGCUUUUCCCACCGAUGGCUGAUUUAAAAAAACCCAGUUCUGACAGCUGCAGGACUUGUGCUGUUGUGGGAAAUUCAGUUAAUUUAAAAGGAACACAUUAUGGACCGCUGAUAGAUUUUCAAGAUGUUGUUAUGAGAAUGAACGCCGCUCCUAUCAAAGGCUAUGAAAGUGAUGUUGGGACCAAAACAACUCAUCGUGUCAUGUACCCAGAAAGUGCUGUGGAUUUAGAUCAUUCUACACAUCUAGUGCUGUUUCCAUUCAAGAUACAAGAUCUUGAGUGGCUCAUCAAUGCCUUUACAAUGGGAUUUUUUGGAAGGGUCAGAUCUUAG